GCUUAAAAGUGUCAAGAUCAAAAUUAUCACUGCAACUUCCAACUCACAAUUUCCUCUCUCACGCUCAAACGUAAAACAAUUCCAUCAAAACCCUAAAUUUGCCAACUGCCGUCGCUCCUCCGCCCUCAGCGGCUCUGCUGCCACUAAUUUUUCCGAUUUGCAGAUCUCUUUCAACUUCGGAUACUGUGCUUGCAGUAUAGAGACUCUCGUCAACCUUCAUCUCCCUCUCUUACUGCUUCAAAGAAAAAGCUUUGUUCUCUCCGAAACCUAAAUUUCUCCUGUUCCAUCUCUAAUUCGGUAAGUGCAUAGAACGAAACCGAUAAAUGAAAGAUUGGAUUCAUUUCGGGGCAUCGGAUUCUUUUGGGAUUUUAAUGUGGUGAGAUGAGAAUUCAGUGGUUGGUUUCAAUGUUAGACUUGUAGAGGCGUUGAUUUCAAGUGGUCAGUUCUUAUCUUUAAUUGUGUAUUUCAAUUGGUGUUCAUUUUGAGCAUUGAAAUGUGAUUGGAUUGACCAAAGUUUCCUACGUAGUUCGAUACAGCUCUAAGAAAAGUUGGAGGGCUCUAAAGAAAAAAAAAUGUAAAAGGGGAAGAGGGAUGGUAAUGGAGUAGUAUAGUUUGGCCCUUUUAUAUGUGAUUGAAAAAGAACUAUUGCUUUAUUCUUUGUGUCUUAGCUAUCCAUCGAAUUCAUUAAAUUGGAAAAUAAUUGGCUUGUUAGGUUAUUUCUUUCUGCAAUCUGAAAAGGAAACUCAAAGUCGAAUGGAGUAUAUGGGUCAGUAUAAAAUGUUUCCUCCAGAAUCUGGAACUUUUCAAGAUCGUGAAGAGCUCAUAAAAUAUGUUCGUGACUUUGGGGCUAGUCAAGGAUAUGUGGUAACCAUUAAAAAGUCUAGGAAGGACCGGAGAGUUAUCCUUGGUUGUGAUAGAGGAGGUGUUUAUCGUAAUAGGCGCAAGAUUGAAGAAAGCCAGCGUAAAAGAAAAGCAUGUUCACGGCUUAUAAAUUGUCCAUUUGAAGCAAUUGGUAAGAAGGAAGAUGAUGUGUGGGUACUUACUAUUAAAAAUGGAGACCACAACCAUGAACCUUUAAAAGACAUGUCAGAGCAUCCUUAUAGUCGUCGAUUUUCUGAAGAGGAGGUUAGGCAAAUUAAAAUGAUGACUGAUGCUGGUGUAAAACCGCGACAAGUCCUGAAAGCACUUAAGCAAAGCAAUCCUGAGUUGCAGUCAACACCUAGACAUUUGUACAACCUCAAAGCUAAGAUUCGUCUAGGAAAUUUAUCAGAGAAAAGUUUGAAGUCAUGGAGACCUAACAGGUCUGUUCCUGUAAACACAAGGACUACUUCCUCUGAAGGGUCGCUAAAGCAAAACAACCAGCCUCUGAAAGUUCCUAAUUUUAUUGGAGGAAAAUUUGUCGAGUCACAAGGGUCUACUAUAAUUGAUGUGAUAAAUCCUGCAACACAAGAGGUUGUUUCUGAAGUUCCGUUAACCACCUAUGAAGAGUUCAAGGAUGCAGUUAUUGCAGCAAAGAAAGCUUUUCCUUCAUGGAAGAGCACCCCAAUUGCCACUCGUCAACGCAUCAUGUUCAAACUCCAGGAGCUUAUUCACAGGGAUAUGGAUAAGCUUGCAAUGAAUAUUACCUUAGAACAGGGUAAGACACUCAAAGGUGCCCAGGGUGAUGUACUUUGUGGUUUAGAGGUAGUUGAGCAUGCCUGUGGAAUGGCAACUUUGCAAAUGGGGGAGUUUGUUCCUAAUGCAUGCAAUGGAAUUGAUACGUACUGCAUUAGAGAACCACUUGGUGUUUGUGCUGGGAUAUGCCCUUUUAACUUUCCAGCUAUGAUUCCCUUGUGGAUGUUCCCCAUUGCUGUUACAUGUGGAAAUACAUUUGUUCUUAAGCCAUGUGAGAAAAAUCCAGGGGCCUCAAUGAUACUUGCAGCACUGGCUAUGGAGGCUGGUUUGCCUGAUGGUGUCUUAAAUAUUGUUCAUGGCACCAAUGAUAUUGUUAAUUACAUAUGUGAUGACGAUGAUAUAAAAGCUAUAUCAUUCAUUGGUUCAGACAUUGCUGGCAUGCACAUACAUGCUAGGGCAGCUGCUAGAGGCAAACGUGUUCAGUCCAAUAUAGGAGGAAAAAAUCAUGCAAUUAUCAUGCCGGACGCAAGCAUGGAUGAUACUUUGAAUGCUUUGGUCGCUGCUGGUUUUGGUGCUGCAGGACAACGGUGUAUGGCUCUGAGCACAGCUAUUUUUGUUGGAGGAUCAGUAGCAUGGGAAGACGAACUUGUGGAGCGUGCAAAAGCACUUAAAGUGAAUGCAGGCACUGAUCCUACUGCAGACAUUGGUCCAGUGAUUAGCAAAGAGGUAAAGGAUCGCAUAUGCAGAUUAGUUCAGAGUGGGGUUGACAAUGGUGCUAGGCUUCUUCUUGAUGGGAGAAACAUUGUGGUUCCAGGAUAUGAGAAAGGAAGUUUUGUUGGUCCUAUUAUCUUAUGUGAUGUGACGGUCAACAUGGAUUGCUACAAGGAAGAAAUUUUUGGCCCAGUUCUUCUUUGUAUGCAGGCUGACAGUCUAGAAGAGGCUAUAACCAUUGUAAAUAAAAACAGGUAUGGUAAUGGAGCAUCAAUAUUUACAUCAUCUGGUGUUGCUGCAAGAAAGUUCCAGAAUGAUAUUGACGCUGGGAUGGUUGGAAUCAAUGUUCCUGUUCCAGUUCCAGUGCCAUUUUCCUCAUCUAAUGAACCAAAGGCAUCUUUUACUGGCGAUCUCAAUUUUUGUGGAAAGACAAGUGUGCAAUUUUAUACCCAGAUUAAAACAGUGGCACAGCAAUGGGGGGGCUUACCUAGCCUAGGAGUGUCAUUAUCCAUUCUUACAUCAUUUGAUGUGGAAGCAAACCAAGGAAUUUCUUCUGCACCUGAGAGAGGUUUACCUAAUGAGAGAGUGUCCCCAAAUAUGUCAAUAGCAUCAGAGAGAGAUUCCCCAAAGCAUGGAGAACUACUGCCAGGGGAUUUACCAAACUCGGGAGCAUCAUCUAUGCCACAAAUAGUUGAUGAGGAUUUACCAGGCCAGGAGGCGUCUCUGGUUCUAUCUCCAACAGUUGAGCAGGAUUUAUCGGACCGAGAGAGAUCACUCGCUAUACAUCCUGCAACAGAUGGGAAUUCAUUAAGCCAAGAAAUGUCACUAACCAUACCACAGACAUCUGAAAGCAUUUAUACACCUCAAACGUCCAAGUGGAAUGAAAAUCUACCCCUAACAUCUCAGAGGACUGAAAGCAUAUCUUCAACUGCUCAGAGGAUUUACAUGCCUACUUCUCAGAGGAAUGGCAAUGUCGGUCCAUCAUCCAAGAGGACUGAUCCUGCAAUGGCUUUAACUUCUGAUUGUGUAUAUGUGUCAACAUCUCAUGAGAAUGACAAUAUGGUUCCAAUAUCAAAUAGGAGUGACAGCAUAACUCCAGCCUCACAUAGGACUGAUGCUUCUGUACAUCCAGUUUCUGAGAGGUUAUUUGACUUUAUAGCAACUUCUCACUUGAACGACAGUAUAGGUCAAACAUUUCCAAGAACUGAUACCAUGUUUCCAACUUCUGAGAAACGAUACAUACCUGCUACAGCUCACAGGAAUGACCAUAUGGGUUCAACAUCUCAAAGGCAUGAUAUUACUUCACAUCCAACUUCUGAGAGGAUGUAUGUUACCAGACCAUCACAAAGGACCGACAUGGUUCCAGCUUCCCAACAGGCUGAUGCUAUACCACCGCCAUCAGAGACUAUGUAUAUGCCUAUGCCUACAAUUGUUCAGAGAAAUAAUGGAGCACCACCAACAUCAGAGAGGCUAUAUAUGCCCCUAACGUCCCAAAGGUUGUAUGCUGAAAACUCAAUGAUCUCAAUUGAUGAUUUUCCCAGCCAGGGAGCUUCCAUGGCUUUGCCAACAUCUCAGAGAAUAUAGGAUGCUAACCAGUGUUAUAUAUUUUCCAGUUUAGGGACAAUGUAGACAGUGAUAGCAAAGUAACCAAUAAAGAUUUUUUUAACCUUUAAAUAGCGAAAUAAGUUGCUUGUGUUUUUCAAAGAAAUUAUUGUAGAAUAGAAGUGGUAAGCUCAAGAUAACUUUGUAGGAUUGAAGGCAGUGCACUUUAUCUGGAGUUUCCGGAGUCUGGAUUCUAAUAAUAGGCUACUUGGUGUUGUUCUCGCCC